UUACCGUGUUCAGUCGAUUGCUUGAUAAUAUAAUUCAUGAAUUUACUCGUUAGAUCUUCAUUUCUAAGCGCUUACUUCAAAGCCAUUUUAAGCAGGUAAAUUGAAAUUAGAACGGCUGGGAAUUCCAAAGUCUAUUUAAAUCUCCGUACUACGUCGUGAAAAAUGGACACCAAUAGAACACCAAAAGCUGAAGAAGCCAUGAAGAAUAUGUCCAGGGCAUUGUAUGCGGGAAUGUGUCUCAAAAUAGGUACAGCUCAACAGAUUGGAUUUAGAAGAGAAAUAGCAGACACUGACGAGUUGUUGACAAACCAAGCAGAUAGGAGUACUGCAAUGAAAAAGGUGGAGAGUGGAAGUCACAAAGAAGGCUUCAGACUAGAUGAAUCAGACAUAGACUUUAUGAUCUUGCUAACUGAACACAGGGUGGUAUGGCACUCGUCUCAGUUUCACUUUUCCGACACGCUCGAUCUGGCACUCAUUCUCUGUGACAGUUCUGGGAGUCCGCCGGGAUAUACUCUACUUCGGUUACCAUUUGAAGUAGCAAGCGAUGUUGUGUUGUCGGCAUGUAUAAGGGUAAAUGGACACCUUUACAUAUCAAGUUCCAAAUGCAGAGAGGCAAUGCGACCUUUAUCCUUACUAGGUUCAACAAUUCAUGGGCCUUGUAGCAAUGGAAUAUUGGCUGGUUUAGAGUACGAUCAAGCCUUUUGUUUUGUCAGUGAUUUUUGGCCUCCUUUCGCUUCUUCAUGGAAAGACAGGUGUCAUUCAUGGCCAUGUCCUAAUGUUGUCAAUGACAUCAUUAGAAAUGGAUGCCACUUUGCAGCAAUUGGACACAAACUAGGAAAUCUUGCAGACCAUGAAUGGAGAAUUUCUUUCUCUCAAGCGGAACACAAACUUGUAUAUUCAAUGAAUCAUGCUCAAUUCAUAACUUAUGGAAUGUUGAAACUGCUUCUUAACGAAAUCAUAAACAAUGAACUAGAUGAAGAAGAUCAACAAUUGUGUUCUUACCAUAUGAAAACAGCCGUUUUCUGGGCCAUUCAACAAAACACACUUCUUCAUUGGUGUCCAGAAAAUCUCCUUGCUGGUUUUUGGGUUUGUUUUAAACUCCUCCUCAAGUGGGUAUAUGAAGGGGUCUGUCCUAACUUUUUUAUUCCACAGAACAACUUGUUUUUUGGCAAAGUAUGUGGACAGCCACAGAAGAAUUUAUUUGUUUUCUUAUACAAAAUGUAUGAACAUGGCAUUGAUUUUCUGAUACAAAGUCCCUCCAUCGGUUCUUACAUUAUUGACGUCCUUUGUAAUCCCAGACUGUGCAUUACUACAGACGAACACAGUCUGAUGUCUGAGGCUAAAGUUGAUGAUGAUUUUUUUAGUGAAAUGUUUAAGAAUGAUACACUUUAUAUGUCAAACUUACACGAUUGUAUCAAAUUUUUGGUCAUGGUAGAAAAGUUGGUAGAAUUUCCACUGACAGACUGCCAAGUUGUCAUGUUACAGAAACAUACAGCCUCUGUUCUACAGAAAACUGCUUCCAUAUUACCAACCUAUUCCGAUAGUAUACUUUCCAACAAAGAAAUGUAUGUUGCUGAGAAGUUAUCGGGCCGUCUGUUGAAAUUAGCCGCCCAGUUUGGUUUUGUUUCUGACAUACUGUACAUUGCCUUGUUUUAUUACAAAUCACGUAGAUAUAGGAACGCUUCACAUGUGUUAGAAUUGGCAAAGGUCAAGUUAGUACAACCAUAUCUGAUGUAUAAUGAACAAGUAGACGGGGAGAUGUAUACCGAGGCUGUAGGGGGACAACCCUGGUCUAUUAAGAUGAGGAAAGCUGUAGCACGGGAUAUAAUUCUCUACAAUGAUAUAUGUUAUGUUAAGGAAUUAGAACCAGAACACCAGUUUUUAAGCCACAGCCUUAGAGAUGCAAUGUUUGUCCCGCCCUUUAUAGUAUUUCAUAUGUUAGAGUUUUUAUGCUGUCGACAAACUGACACAAUGAAGGCACAAACUGCACUAGAAGACCUACAAUUCCUAGUCCACCAUGAUGAGAAUGAGUUCAUACCUAUCCCUCUUAGAGACAUCUCCUGGGAGAUCCUGGGGAUCUGUCAACAGAUGGCAGGGAACCUCCAGGCAGCUCGAUACUCAUACCAAGAGUCACUCGGACAAGAUCCACUCCAUGAAAUACAGACUGUUACUCGACAGAGAAUCCAAGAAUUACACAUGUAAAGAUCAUAUGGUUGGUAAAUCUCGCGAAUA